AUCCGCAGCUCGCACGAAACCGCUGCACUUUGUUUUUCUCUCGUCAUAAUUACUAAGAGACUGCACAUUUCUGUYAUCUACAUACCGCCAUCUACCUGGUGUCUGCCAAGUGAUUUUACCUUUCCACAGUUGAUUCCCUAACACUUUUCAAGCGGCUGCCAUCAUUCUGUUUCCUGAGACAAGGUGACUAAGCCUGACCUUUGGGGGCAAAAACAUUACCCUCCCGUUGUCACUACUCACGAGGAAAGCUAUCUAUUACACUGCUUACUUAUAAGCUGACGGCUUGGAUCGCAUAGCUUCAUAGUCAUUCAACUGACAACCAAAUACGUGCAAGAACAAACACGUAGAAUGAAGAUCAUUGCCUUUGUAAUCUUUAUUGGCUUCUGCCUUUCAUUUGUACCUUUUGUUAUCUCCAUCAAAUGUAUCAUGUGCGAUCCUGAUUACGAGGCGACGGAGUGCAAAGAAACAUAUAUCGAUUGCAGUAAGGAUGAGGAAUUGGGGAAAGCGUUCGAUUCUUGCUUCGCGUACCAAAUGGUAAUUGAGAGUCCCGACGGAUCGAACUUUACGCACCUAGACAAGAACUGCAGCAUUAGCGAAGGCUGUGACGAUCUCAAAAAUGUGAUGUGUGAUAGCACGAAUCAUACUUUAGAAGGAGCUGUUCAAAGCUGUGACAUUCUUUGCUGCGAGGGUGAUUACUGUAAUCUUGGAGAAUCAAAGUUCACAAAGCGACCGGAUACUUCGACCCACACUCGUGCGACGACACAACAUAAUACCGAUGUACUGGGAUACAGGUCGACUGCAUCAAGGCAUACAGGAGACAAAUGGAAAUUAGUUUUCGGGAUUUUUUGUCCUGUGAUUUAUUCCAUCGUGAGUCGUACUCUACUUUGAAAAAAAAUAAAUCUGGAUCUUCAAUGUCGUGGCAGCCAUCUUGAAUACAAGGUUCAAGGAAUUCUGGGUAACCGAACAACGGCCAUAUUGGAUUGGAGAAUGAGGAAUUAUGGGUAACUAUAUGCCUUUUUUAAUAGACCUUAUUCGUGGCGUGACAAUGUUUUCCCAAUUCAGUGUGACAAACCUCAAGAGGAUUCAUUUUCCUUUGUUUUUAUUCUUCAAAAAAUUUGUGAGUAUCCCAAAGGAUACUAAAGGAAUAACGAUGAUAUCACGACGAGUUUCAAAACAAUAGCUGUUCAUUCCCCCAGAGGUUUGUCACGCUGAAUUGGGAAAAUAUUGUCACACCACGAAUAAGGUCUAUUUAGUUAAAUGCUGAGGAAUAUUCGCCAUAUUGAGUUGAAUGCUCUUGGAAAAGGUCCGCCAUCUUGAAUUCAGGGCUCAAGGAAUCGUUGAUAUUUUGUGUGUUUAAUCUUGACUUGUAUUUGACGAUACGGCGGCCCUCUUAGAUCUAAAAGCAUUACGGGGCGUCCAGGGGGAAAAUAUAAAGCUAAUGUGAAGCUUGGAUGAUGAUAUAUAUAUUUUUAUAUAGCCUUUCAUCGCUACAGCCAAAGACAGCACAUCGAUCACCUUUACCUAUGAAAGAAAGACAAGCACACAAACGUUUUAUAUUAUCCGCCAUCUUUGUUUUGUUUCUUGCCCAAUAAUGCCUUACGAUCAAAGAUGGCCAACGCACCGUCGAAGUAGUCCAUUAUCUUCCAGUCUUAGAAACUACUUGUCGUUGAAGUUACCGUGAAACGACCCUUUCACUUAAUUCUUUCUAAUUUCAGCUCACGUGUCAUUCCUAUCGCUUAUCUAAAGAAUCACUUAUUGUGAAGUAAAUGACACGUGGUCUGAAUGGAGAAACAUUGCAUUAGACAUAAAGAGGAGAGGUAUAUCAUCGGGAAAGCAAAAUUGAAGCUAUCGACCAUAGAAGCUGUGUAUGUAAACUAUAGACCUACUUUGUGCAUGGUUUUCCCAUUUCAGACCGCGUGUCGUUCCUUAGAGUAUCAUUUCUUUGUUAACGGUUUCGCAUGAGAAGAGACGCGAAUAAUUAAACGAACAAUCGUAUUCUUGAGAGAAUGACACGUGGUCUGAAAUGAUGAAAACAAAACGCCCAAGGUAAAGAGGCCUAUUGAUAAAGUUGGGUUACAAAUUGCUUGCCUGACUAUCAUAUUGGGUGCAAAUUCCGUGAUUUUGAUAUCGGUUGCAACUCGCUUGCUUGGUUGUUACUUUCGUUGCAAAUUCCUUGCGUGACUGAUUCAUGGGUUGCAAGUUGCUUGCGUUAUUUUUACGUUAGUUGCAACUUGAUUGCGUGACUGUUAUAUUAGUCACAACUUUCUUGCGUUACUGUUACGUAAGCCACAACAUUUUUACGUUACUGUUUGUGAUAUUGAAAAUUGUUGAGAACAUCGCUUUAUUUUUUGAGCGUGAUACAUCACAUUAAUACGACACUUUUCGUUAUUUUUGGAUGAAAUUAUAUUCGUAUAAAGGUUUUGCACCACCACGUGACGGCAGCCAUGUUAGAUGGCAGGAACAGUACAAUCGUUUUACGAAUUCAACGAGAGCACAGGGAUUUUAUUGUUCUCCCAUCUAACCACAGGCAACCCAAGCUGUACGUACGGGCGCCGGCACGUGAUGGUGCAAUACCUCUUUUCUAUUUCCUUUCACUGCUUCUUCAUGAUUGGUUAAUUCUCAGUAUAUCAUCUUUGACUUUCAUAACAUAAAGAGGGUUUGUAUUGGUUUAUAAACCAUUCGCGUCAGUGAUAAAUAAACGCUCCUCUUCUGUGAUAGGCCACUAAAAUAUCAGUGUAAAGGAAUAGAAGAUAGGGGAGGGGAGGCACAUUCUUUAAAUUGGCUGUUUUUGUAUGAUUAUGAGGGUGUGAUAAUAUUCUCAAAGCGCACUUUGAUGGUAUAUUAUUCAAUUAUUAUUUAUAUAUCAUAUAUACGACUUACUUCACAUGAAAUACCUAGUAUAUUGGUCUUAAGAUGCUUUACAGCUCACUUGAUCAGUUUACGUCAUAUUAUUGUUGGCAAAUGUGACAUACGCACUCUGUGUUCCUGCGUUCCAUUUACAACGGCUCGAGUUAUCAAAUCUUUGAUUCAUAGUAGCCGAAAAGUCAAUGUCUAGAAGAAGAGAAGGCUAAAGAAACGUAAAAAGGGUAUAAUAAUAAAGUUUAUUAUGGAUUUUUAAAAGUUUAAGUGAGGAGCAAAUGUGCUACGUUCAAUAUGGCGGAAGGUGAUCACAUGACCAGUUACUACAAAGUGGGAUAUGUUCAGGAAUAUGUUCAGUCAGUGCUAAGGAAACCGGUUUUUAUUCGGUAGAGGUGGGAUGGAUGAAUGGCGUAAAUAGACAGAGAGCUACUAUGAAGGGGUAGGAAGGAAUAUGUGAGAGGAAAUGGAGGCCAACCGUGCAAAAAGUGCAGGGAAAGUUUCACUCUCUAAACAAUGUCUGGUCCUCCUUUCAUCGGGCUGCCAUCACGUGAUGGUACAAAGCCGCUAUUGCUUGAAAAUUUUACCGGAUAAAAAAGGGCCAACAUCUGGUGUCAAUGGGUAUUCCAAUAUACCUAAUUACCAUGUUCCCAUUUCAGACCGUAUGUCAUUCCCUUGAGUAUCAUUUCUUUUGUUCGCCAGUAGUAACACUCGAAGAAAACACGGUAUGGAUGACACUGAAACAUUUUUUUGGGAGCGACUUGAUACGAAACGGGAAGAUGGUGAUUAGGUCAAUCGUAUCAUGGCGCAGAGUAAAUAUAUCUAUAUAGAAACAAAGCUAUUAUGACUAUACCAAUAUAUCCAAAUAUUGAUUAUAAACAAUUGUAAAAAAAAGAGAUGUAUAAUUACGAUAUUUGAUACAAAGUAAUUUAAUUGUUGAUAUUUUUGACAAUAAAUACGUUGUAAAUAUAUUUGUAAAAAACUGAAGACUUUGUGAGACUGCCGCUGACCAGUCAUGACGGAAGUGGCUAAUUUUGUAUAUUAUAUUAUUGAUGAUAAUGUUGCCGAAGUAAAGUUGGUUUGAGUUUAAAA